UUUUGAUUGGUCCAUACGUCAACUUUAUGCUGAUGCCUUCACCAUCAGUUAAGAGCUUAUGUUAUAGCCUCGCAGUGUAUCCAUGGUAUAUAAACUGUCGAGUUGUCGGAUCUCUGAACAAACAGGAAAUCUUACACUUUGAUUUCAUAGCCAAGGACCUGUUUCAUUAUUCUCUACCCCAACAACUCGCAUCGAAUUAGCACCUCACCAUGACAUCUACCGAUGAUAAUGGACUUUACGUAGGCUGCAAAGCCUACGUUGAGGGUGUCAGUACAUCAUACGGAUACAUCCCCUCCGAAGGCGCCGGAAUUGCGUUCUGUGUCCUCUUCGGCUUAUCCAUGAUCGUCCACAUUAUCCAAUUCUGCUGGAAGCGAACAUGGUGGUGCAGUCUGUUCAGCAUCGGAUGCAUAUUGGAAGUCCUCGGUUGGGCCGGGCGGACGUGGGCGUCCCAAUGUCCCUACAACUCCACCGCAUUCAUGCUCCAGAUCUCAACCCUGAUCAUCGCACCAACCUUCUUCACUGCCGCAAUAUACGUCCUGCUCGGUCGCCUCAUCCAACUCUUCGGUCGCGAAUCCUCAAUCCUGUCCCCGAAACUAUACCUCUGGAUCUUCUGCACCUGCGACGUCAUCUCCCUCGUGGUGCAAGCCGUAGGCGGCGCACUGGCCUCCACGGAAUCCAACGAGGUGAACGGCAACACCGCCCCGGGCACCAACACCAUGGUCGCCGGUAUCGUCUUCCAGCUAGUCUCCGUCACGGUCUUUGUCUUCUGUGCGGUGGACUUCUUCCGUCGCUCCCUGCGUCUCGGGUACUUGCAGGGUCUCCUCCACGGCCCGCUCGCCUACCUCGUUGGCGCCAUGGUGCUCUCCGUGGUCUGCAUUUACAUCCGGAGCAUUUACCGGACUAUCGAGCUGGCGCAAGGCUGGACCGGAUACUUGAUCACGCAUGAGUCUUACUUCGUAGGGCUGGACGGUGUGAUGAUGGUGAUUGCGGUCGCGGUUUUCAACGUGUUCCAUCCCGGGUGGUUGCUGCCGGCGGAUCAUGUGCUUGCCAAGAACCAGGCCUGUCUGGAGUCGGGGGAGGUUGAGACGCAUCAGUUGCAGUCGACGACGGAAUACACGGGGUAUGGGCAUCAGUGAGCGGAGGAAUGCCGGUUUUUAUUUGCAUUUUGUUUUUGUGUUGCGGUGGUAGCUGUAUUGUCGUAAUAUGAUGAGAAAGAGACUAGGGAAACAAGCCGUUUAUCGUCUUCGUCAAGGAUAGACCUUGUGUGAAUAUAACAGGAUUCCUUUGAGC